AUGUCGUGGUACAUAGAAAACCCCAACGUUGGUAAAAAGAACCAGGUUGAGGACUGGAGAGUUCUGGGGUACAACCCUCUCACACCACCGAAUCUCCUGCAACAUGAGAUUUCGCAAACAAAUGAGUCCAAGGGCACAGUCGUCACCUCGCGAGAAGAAGCUGCGGCCAUUGUUAGGGGAGAGGAUGCCAAAGGCCGUCUCCUCGUCAUCAUCGGACCAUGCUCUAUCCAUGACCCGCAAGCUGCUCUGGAUUACUGCGACCGCCUGGUGAAAAUGAAAGAAAAGCACAAGGACCAGCUCAUGAUUGUUAUGCGUUCCUAUCUUGAAAAGCCACGAACCACUGUUGGUUGGAAGGGACUCAUCAAUGACCCGGAUAUCGACAACUCCUUCCAGAUCAACAAGGGGCUGAGAACUGCUCGCCGUUUGUUUGUUGACUUGACCGAGAAAGGAAUGCCUCUUGCCAGUGAAAUGCUGGACACUAUCUCCCCUCAAUUCCUUGCUGAUCUGCUUUCUGUCGGCGCAAUUGGUGCCCGAACCACUGAGUCUCAGCUCCACCGUGAAUUGGCUAGUGGACUGUCUUUCCCCGUUGGUUUCAAGAACGGCACAGAUGGCUCUCUGGAUGUUGCCGUUGAUGCAAUUGGAGCUGUUAAACACCCCCAUCACUUCCUCUCUGUCACAAAGCCAGGUGUGGUCUCCAUCGUCGGCACAGUUGGUAAUGAGGACUGCUUCGUCAUUCUUCGUGGAGGCAAGAGUGGAACUAAUUUCGACGCAAAGAGCAUAAAAGAGGCCAAGGCAAAGCUGGCAGAGAAGGGCCUAUCUCAACGGCUCAUGGUUGACUGCAGCCACGGAAACUCACAGAAGAACCACAAGAACCAGCCCAAGGUGGCUGCCGUCCUUGCGGAGCAGAUAGCUGCUGGCGAGGAAGGGAUCAUGGGAGUCAUGAUUGAAAGUAACAUCAACGAAGGCAACCAGAAGGUCCCACCGGAGGGCAAAGCAGGACUCAAAUAUGGUGUCAGCAUUACAGACGCUUGUAUCAACUGGGAGGACUCAGAGGCUGUGCUUGACUUACUCGCUAAUGCAGUUAAGCAGAGACAGUCCUUGCAAAAUGUUAAUGGCGCUGAGUAA